CCUUAAGCUACUGCAUUAAACGUGCUCUAAUGUCUCUCUCCUUCCUCUCCCUUCCGCCAUUUUUAUUUUGUUUCGGUAAACAGAGUGAAAGGUAAGGUCUCAUUCAAUUUAGGGUUUAACAGAGAUAAGCCGAAGUUUGGGGAUACCGGUGAAGCUUCUUCACGAGGCGUCGGGUCAUAUAGUGACGGUGGAGCUAAAAUGCGGGGAGCUAUACAGAGGAAGCAUGAUCGGAGUGUGAGGAUAACUGGAACUGUCAGCUCGAGGACAUCACCUUUACCGCUAAGCAAUCGAGGAGAUGUUGACAGGUUUAUGGUCAUACCUGACAUUCUCAAGCAUGCUCCAAGGUUCAAGCGCUUAGAUGCUAGAAUCAAGGGAAAGAGCGGAUCACUGGGUGUUGGCAGAGGUAGAGCUGCAAUGCGAGGGAAAGCUCCGGCUACUGGGCGUGGAACUGGAGGAAGGGGAGCGGUACCACCUGUGAGGAGAUGAUUGAAUCUAUAUGCUUUAACACGUAAGCUUCGAUUCUGAGACAAAAACCAAUGUUCUUCUUUAACAAGGAGGCAAACAAGAGAGAAAGAGAGAUAUGUCCAGAUGCACUAUUAGUUCUGUAUUUUGGGGGUACUACUAAGAUGUUAAAACAUUCACAACGUUUCCUCAUGAUAUGUUUUUCUCAUA